GAUGUGUAUUGUGUGAAUAAUGUGACAUGGACAUUUACAUGUAAACACCUAAAAAAUCUAAUAUAAAUAAAUAUAAUAAACAGAAUGAAUAUAAUGAUAAUUAAAACAGAUUUGAAUGUUGAUAAAAUAAAUUGUCUGUAUCCUGAAGAAAAAAAAACAGAUGACAAAAUGUCUUCAUACAGACACUAGACUUGUAUACGUUUCAGUCAUUAUAAUAAUUAUUGUAUAAAUAUUUAAAUUGUAAUAGAUACCGCAGGAGGCUGUACGAUGCCACCGACCCUGUAAAAAGCAUCAUUAAUUAUUGAAAUCUGUAAUCUUCUGACAUUAAUGGUGAAUAUAUCAGUUAUCCGAUUGAUGAUAUUCGUCACAGUUUAAACUGUUUUGAAAUGUUUUUAUUUCUACGUGUUCGUUGUUUAUAAAAUGUAAGUUAUGUAACCUGGAAAAGGAUUGAAAGAUUUGGGGCAGAAAUAACACACGAUUAGAUUAACAGUGGAGUUAAUGUCAGUGUUAUCACAGUCCUAAUGAUGUCCGUGAUACUCUCUAAAAAAAUAUAGAUUAUUAUAUUAUAUUAUAUACGAUAUAUUGUAUAUAAACUGACCAGCUUGUUUUGAAUUUGAACAAACAGGUGUGAAGAUCAUAAAUCGUAAAUUAAAGCCAGAGUGAGUCGUCCCUGAAACGAGACUCUUCCGUCAUUUGCCUAUCAGAGAUCCGUUUUUCUUUAACUCCACAUCUGAUCUGGUCUGAUCUGAGCUUCUUCUCUCUCAUAUCUGUGGUUGCAUGCGAACAUUAUAUCACAAAUGUCCUGUGUUUUACAUCCACCGCGUGUAAAUGCAGCGUAACCACAGCGAUGUCGAAAAAUAACUAGAGCCUCUGAGUGUUUAAGGUUCCAUCUAAAACGUCUGUUUUAUUCUCAUUCGCAAAUUCAUGUCUAGUUCGUGUUCUCAGUAGAACGUCGGCCAUUUUGUCUCUCAUAUUUUAGAAUUCAUGUUCGUGUUCUCAGUAGGGACUCUGCUGUUUCUAAGGCAUUGCUCACAGGAUUAUUUCUUCCUUUUUAUUGUGAACAGAGAAAUGUCUCCAGAGGAGCUGUUGUUCAUGGGGUUCUUCUCCAUAUACAUACCUGUGGGGGUCCUGUUCCGCUACCUCAGUCCUCAAGCGAAGAAGGGGGCAGCGUUGAGUUUGGGUCUCCUCAUGACCAUCGGCACGUGCGGGAUACACACUUUACACUCGCUGUGCACCGUUCUGGGAACGUGGCUGCUCAUCCGAGUCAACUGGAGGAAAGCUCCGCCCCUUUCUCUCGGAUGGACGUUCCUUUAUCUUAUCUUCUUCCGUACGGGCACGUGGAUCGGACUUCCGCCUCCGGAACUGUUCCCUAACAUCAUCCAGCUUCUCCUCACCCUGAAGAUGGUCAGUUUGGCGUAUGAGGUUCGGAGCUAUCACUUUGAGAAGGAAAAGGAAGUGAGCUCGUUCUCCAAGUCGCCCAUGAUUGGCCGGCUCUCUCACGAGCCCUCCCUCUAUGACAUCAUCUCCUACAGCUACUGCUACGUUGGGCUCAUGAAUGGGAUUUUCAUCCGUUACCAGACGUAUGUGGACUGGCUCGAACAGACCGAUCCUCUUUCACUGCCGUGUAAAGUGCCGUGCCUGAGCAGGUUAAAGUUUGUUGCUGUUUAUGCCGCUCUCGCCCUGGGUGUUGACUUCCUGUUCCCAGUUUCCUACGUUCGCGCUGAUGACUUCCUGAAGCACAAUUUCUUCUUCAGGUUUUUCUACAUGGUGGCGGUGUGCUUCGCAGUCCGCAUGAAGUUCUACUUCGCGUGGCAUGGAGCCGAGGCCGGCUGCAUCACCGCGGGACUCGGGUGCUACCCAAAGGGGGCGGAGUCUAAACCAGGAUGCGGACCUACAGUGCAAUACAGCCCCGAGCCCGGUGCUCUGGUCGAGUAUGACUUCAGAACCAUCCAGAACAUCGACUGCUACAACACAGACUUCUGUGUGAAAGUGCGACAAGCUAUUCGCUACUGGAACAUGACAAUGCAGUGGUGGCUUCAUCAGUACAUCUACAGCAGCGCACCGUUCAGAGCCUACACCCUGAGAGCGGGAUGGACGAUGUUGGUGAGCGCGUACUGGCAUGGUCUGGACGCAGGUUAUUACCUGUCGUUCCUCACCAUCCCGGUGUGUAUCGCUGCAGAGUUGUCGAUGGAGUCGUGUGUGCGCGCGCGUCUCGGCGCUGAGGGACAGAAGGUGUUCGACUGGGUGCACUGGUUCCUGAAGAUGCGCACGUACGACUACAUGUGCAUGGGCUUCGUCCUGCUGAAUGCCAGCGACACGCUGCACUACUGGAGCUCUAUUUACUUCCUGAUCCACGUCGUGGCCUUCGUCUGUAUCGCCGCUGGACGACUGAUAGGGGGAGGGAGGAAGGAGAGGAUGAGGGAGGAGCGUGAGAAGUGACACUCAAACUGCCAAACGCAUUCCGCAGUGCAUUAUGGGAUGUUAGGCGCACUGGGUGCUUCAGGUUAUAAUCUCAGGAUGUCUGUGGGUCCUUAAAAUGUCUUACAUUCCUUAAUGUAAAAAUAAAGCCUAAAUUAGCAUUAAAAUGUCUUACAUUCACGUUUCAAAGGUCUUAAAUAUCCAACCGGACCGACAUCGCAAAGAAGAUAUAGAUGUUAUUUUUGCUCGUUGCUGUAUGAGACAGUGAACCCGUCUGACUGUGUUGGACUCAAACAUUUUUGUGGGCAGAGGUUUACAGCAUUUCACCUCAUGGGCAAUGAGAAGUGAAUUUUAAAAAACUGAGGACUUCCUGCAGUUUUCCAGCAAAAUGAAAGCCACAAGGUCUAACAUGUUUCUGACUUCCUUCACUUUUAUAUUACUAUUAUUAUAGUACUAUUACAAAUUGUACCCCGAAAUAAAAUUUUAAUUGUUGUUAUUA